CUGCUGCAUUCGUGAACGACUGACUUUCUGGGAAGUUUGGAAAAUAAAUAAGUGUUUUUAUAAAGAAAAUUAAUUUCCUAUAAUUUUUUCAAGUGUUUGUUAAUUAAGGAUAUUUUAAGGAAGGAAUUAAGCAAAUAAUUAAAAAAAAUGAAACAAUUUAAUAAUGGCCUUUGUGCCAUCGUAGCUGCAUUUGCAGUUAUUGGUUUGGGUAUUGUUGAUUCAUCACCCCUUAACCAAAAUCGUAUGCUAGGUGCUGAAAAAUGCACUUGGGGUCCCUCCUAUUGGUGCAGCAAUAUAACCAAUGCUAAAGGUUGUAAUGCUGUACGUCAUUGCAUACAAACCGUUUGGGAAAAUCAUCAAGUGCCCGUUGAUAAUGAUUCGAUUUGUCAAAUUUGCAAAGAUAUGGUCACACAGGCUCGCGAUCAAUUGCGCAGCAAUGAAACUAUGGAAGAAUUAAGAGAAGUAUUUGAGGGUUCCUGCAAUCUAAUUCCAAUUAAGGUUGUAAAAAAGGAAUGCUGCAAAUUGGCUGAUAAUUUUAUACCUGAAUUAGUGGAGGCUUUGUCAUCACAAAUGAAUCCAGAUCAAGUUUGUUCCGUUGCUGGUCUUUGUAACAAUGCUGAAAUCGAUAGAUUACUAUCCAAACAUUAUGCUUCCGCCUUGGCUGGUACCCUUAAGGAGGAAGAUGAUGUUAGUGAUGAGGAAAUUAUUGUACCCACACAUGAAAAACAAGUGGCAGUUGAAGAUCCCAAAAAGCCUCUCCUAAGCUGUGGCAAUUGUUUCAACAUGGCCACCUUAAUGACCAACAAAUUCCAGUCAACCAAUCGUGAUGAUGUUCUAGAGAAUAUUCUUCAUAUUUGCGGUGAAAUGUCUUCAUUUUCGGAUGCUUGUGCUAAUAUUGCUCUCACCUAUUUCAAUGAUAUUUACGAUCACAUUAAAGAAAAUCUACAGCCAGCUGGUGUGUGUCAUAUUUCUGGUGUAUGUGCAGCUAAAUAUCAUCAACAUCCCGAAGAUCCUAAAGAGGAAGAACCUGUUGAUUUAAUGGCAGCCGGUAAUGAUGAUAUACCUUGCGAGUUGUGUCAACAAUUGGUGCGUCAUUUGCGUGAUGUUUUAGUUGCCAAUACCACAGAGGCCGAAUUCAAACAAGUAAUGGAAGGUUUGUGCAACCAAACUAAAGGCUUCCGUACCGAAUGUUUGAGUAUUGUUGAUCAAUACUAUGACUUGAUUUAUCAAAGUUUGGUCAACAAUUUGGAUGCCAAUGGCGCUUGUUUCCUAAUUGGUGUGUGUCCCAAGGGUUCUGAUACCAUGUUCAAAGGUGAUAUUAUGCCACUUUUGUCUGUACUUCCACCAGCUGAAAUCAAAGUAACCAUACGCAAGAAGUUGGGUGCAAGUGAACCUAAAUUUACCCAAGAAGAUCUUAAAGCCAUGACUUUACCCAUUGACCAUUUAAUGGGUGCUGCUAAUCCUGGUCAGCUUGUAGAGGGUGGCGAACUUUGCACUAUCUGUGAAUAUUUGUUGCAUUUCAUUCAAGAAUCCUUGGCUACUCCUUCAACUGAAGAUGAAAUCAAACGUGCUGUCAAUAAUAUUUGCGAUAAAUUCCCCAACAGUGUUAAGGGUCAAUGUCACAAUUUCAUUGAUAUGUAUGGUGAUGCGGUCAUUGCUCUUUUGAUCCAAGGUUUAGAUCCUCGUGAAGUUUGCCCCAAAAUGCAAAUGUGUCCUCCUAACCAUGAAAAUCAUAACGAUAUGGAAGUAUUUGAUCCUCAACCAUCUGAUGAACAAGAUAAACCCACAUGUCCCUUAUGUUUAUUUGCCGUCGAACAGGCCCAGGAGAAAAUCAAAAAUGAUAAAUCAAAGAAAAAUAUUGAGAACGUCUUGAGUCACUUAUGCAAUCAUUUACCACAAAAACUACAAACCGAAUGUGUGGACUUUGUCCAAACCUAUUCAUCCGAAUUAAUCGAUAUGUUAAUAACCGACUUCAAAGCCCAAGAAAUUUGUGUUGCUUUGAAAUUGUGCCCCAAGUCUAAAAACUAUUUAGAUGAUAUGGGCAUUAGUUUGGAAAAUGAAAGCGAUGAAGUUGAAGAUUUAGCUUUUAACGAAAUCGGCGAUAGCGAAGAAGAAAUGCCUGUUGAAAUUGUAUUCCAACAACAUAACGAGGGCAGUUCACCAAAUUGUAUUUUGUGCAUCGAAAUUGUCAAGUUGGCAGAGAAACGUUUAAACAAACAUACCACCAAAGACGACAUCAAGAAAGCUUUAGAACAAUCAUGCCUUAAGUUACGCAAAAAUUUGCAGCCAAAAUGUCAUCAAUAUGUUGAUAAAUACGGUGAUAAAAUUGCCGAAUUACUAUUGAAAGAAAUGGAACCAAAAUUGAUUUGUGCUGAACUAGGCUUGUGUCUAUUUAGCGAACAAGAAGAUUUGGAAAUUGAUGAAGCUUUGAAAUACGAUGUUAUAGCCAUGCCAAACGAUAAUGCUGUAUGGAUUAAAAAAGAUCGUUUUGUGGGCAUGGAUGAAGCCAUGACCCUACAGGAACCACCCACUUGUGUUUUGUGCGAAUUUGUAAUGACUAAAAUGGAAAUGGAAUUGAAAAAUAAAACCGAACAAGAAGAAAUUAAACGUACCAUAAAGAAUAUUUGUAAUCACAUGCCCAAGACAGUGGCUAAAAGUUGUGACAAAUUUGUGGAACAAUAUGCCAAUGCCAUUAUCACUUUAGUCGGCAGUGUACCACCCAAGGAAAUUUGCCAGAAAUUGCAAUUGUGCUUUUCUGGUUUAAGUGAAGUGAUUAAUGAUGAAGUAAUCGAAUGUGGUGUUUGCCAUGGAGCUACAAUGGCCUUGUUGCCUUAUUUAAGAAAACACACCGAACACGAUACAAUUGGUGCCAUUGAUAUGAUUGAUGUGGGUUGUGAUAAUUUGCCUGCUAAAUAUUAUCAAAUUUGCUCUGAAAUGAUACGCAUUUAUGGCAAGAGUAUUAUGCAUUUGUCUGAACGCAUUGUUGUAGACGAGUCUCACAUUUGCAGCGAUAUUGGCAAAUGUUUUGAAAAUGAAAAAUCUAAUUUGGCUUUUGCCAGAAUUUCAGUUUAAUUUCAAACUUAAAUUUUAAACAUCGAAGGAGUAGAGUGAUUGUGAAGUGAGUUUUAAUAGGAGAUAUAAGAAAAGGCGGGUGAAUUCUCUUAAUUUUAUUGUGAUGCGUAUUGAUAAAUAUUAAUUUCUUUUUUAUACACUUUCAUCUAUUUGAAAGAAAAAAAAAAAUAUACUUAAAA